AUGGAGGACGAACAGAUUACCUCUCCUUCCCUGAAAAACAAGCUCAGGCAAACCCUAUGCCUCUCCUGCUGCUUCCGCGCCAACGGCUCUCCUCCGCCGGACGAGAGGUCAUGGCUGGUGCGAGCCUCGUCGAUGCGGAUCAGGUCGCCGGAGAUUAAGGACAAGUGCAAGCACCUGAUCAGCCGGAUCGGCCGCCACCACCACCACCGGAGGCACUCCUCGUCCGCGGUGGACUUCAGGUACGAUCCGCUCAGUUACUCUCUCAAUUUCGACGAAGGUUUUGACGACCUCGACGAGGCUCCACUCCGGAGCUUCUCCGCCAGGCCGGUUCCGGUGUCGCCGCCGCCGCUGAAGACGGUGUCGGAGACCGACGACCUCGUGAAGCCGAGGGAGAUCACCUGCGUUUAG